AUGCUGACCAACCCGAACCCCAGGCCGAAUCCCACCUGCCCGCAGGAGGGUCCAACCGCCACCAAGAGGAGUAGGGGUCUGUUGCACGUGCCGUCGAGGUCCUCGUCCCAGAAGAACCAGCCGUCGCCCACUGCGAGCGGGCUGAGCGGCGUUACUGCGAGCGAGUCCAGGGAGAGCUUCGGCGACCGCUCCAAGGGGUCCAAGGCGAGCAUCAUGGGUCGCCAUAGGAAUGGGAGCGCCUCCAGCAAUCGGUCGGCUGUCGAGACCGCUCAGACCGCCACCUCGGCUACCGCGAACGCGCCUGUACAACAGAAGAAGAAGAAGGGGGGUCUGCUCUCGCUAUUUUGCUGCGGUGUCCCCGACGAUGCGAACGCCCUUGACAACGAACCCGCUGAUGUCCCUGGCCACAAGGUCGACAAGCUGCCGCACCGGCCGCGGACGGCCAGCCGGAGACAAACGCCGUCAGAGCACGGCGGUAGCAAGGCGCAGCUGACAGAGAAGGAUGCGCUGGCGGCUCAGACCGGUGCCGACUCCUCCAAAGCGAAUCGGGCGUCGUUGGGUCCCACCGUUCAGGACCCGCCAGCGCCGGCUGAGGAGCCAACGCAGGUAGCGCCCACAUCUCCGGCGGGCCCAACCGUGACCGUCCAACCCCCUCCACAGGAGGCCGUCGUGCCCGGUCCAGCGGGGCGCCAGGUCCACGAUAAGGAUGACGACGGCGAUAUCCCGAUGGCGGACGCGGCACAGGAAUGGCUGCUGCCUCCAAUACAAUCCCACCUGAAAGGCAGGAAGUGUCUGGUUCUCGAUCUGGAUGAGACCUUAGUGCACAGCUCGUUUAAGAUACUUCACCAGGCCGACUUCACCAUACCAGUAGAGAUUGAGGGCAACUACCACAAUGUCUACGUCAUCAAGCGGCCGGGAGUCGAUCAGUUCAUGAAGAGGGUUGGAGAAUUGUAUGAGGUCGUCGUCUUCACGGCGUCAGUGUCGAAAUACGGUGACCCCCUACUGGACCAGCUUGACAUUCACGGCGUCGUCCACCACCGACUGUUCCGGGAAAGCUGUCAUAACCACGGCGGCAACUACGUCAAAGACCUUUCCAAGGUUGGCCGGGAUCUGAAAGACACCAUCAUCAUCGACAACUCACCCACAUCCUACAUUUUCCAUCCUCAGCAUGCUGUGCCCAUCAGCAGCUGGUUCUCGGAUGCGCAUGACAACGAGCUUCUAGAUUUGAUACCCGUCCUCGAAGAUCUUGCCGGAGCGAAUGUCCAAGAUGUGAGCCUUGUCCUCGACGUGACUCUUUGA